AUGACUGAGGUUAACGAUUGGAAACAAAAUCUCAGCCUCCCUCAAAAGGACACCAGACCCCAAACUGAUGACGUGUUAAACACUAAAGGUAAAUCAUUUGAAGAUUUCAAUUUGAAAAGAGAGUUAUUAAUGGGGAUAUUUGAAGCCGGAUUUGAAAAACCGUCACCUAUUCAAGAAGAAUCUAUUCCCAUGGCUUUAGCUGGCAGAGAUAUCCUUGCUAGAGCUAAAAACGGUACAGGAAAAACCGCCUCUUUCAUCAUCCCUUGCUUACAAUUAUGCAAACCAAAAUUAAACAAAAUACAAGCUUUGAUAUUAGUACCUACACGAGAAUUGGCUUUACAAACGUCACAAGUCGUGAGAACUUUGGGUAAACAUCUAGGAGUUCAGUGUAUGGUAACCACAGGUGGUACUUCGUUGCGAGAUGAUAUUGUUAGAUUAAAUGACCCCGUUCAUAUAUUAGUUGGUACACCUGGUAGGGUUUUAGAUUUAGCCUCGAGAAAAGUGGCUGAUUUAUCUGAAUGUCCCCUCUUCGUUAUGGAUGAGGCUGACAAGAUGUUAUCAAGAGAGUUUAAGAAUAUAAUAGAGCAAAUAUUAGAAUUCUUCCCACCACAUAGACAAGCAUUGUUGUUUUCGGCCACUUUCCCCAUCACUGUCAAACAUUUUAUGGAUCAACAUUUGAACAAACCAUAUGAAGUUAAUCUUAUGGAUGAGUUAACGUUAAAAGGUAUAACACAGUUUUAUGCGUUUGUGGAGGAGAAACAAAAAUUACACUGUUUAAACACGUUGUUUUCCAAAUUGCAAAUCAACCAAUCAAUCAUUUUCUGUAACUCAACCAAUAGAGUUGAAUUGUUGGCGAAAAAGAUUACUGAAUUAGGCUAUUCAUGUUAUUAUUCUCAUGCAAAGAUGCCUCAGCAAGCAAGAAAUAAAGUAUUUCACGAAUUUAGACAAGGUAAAGUGCGUAACUUGGUUUGUUCGGAUUUGUUAACUAGAGGUAUCGAUAUACAAGCAGUUAAUGUUGUCAUUAACUUUGAUUUUCCCAAAACUGCUGAGACUUAUUUGCACAGAAUCGGUCGUUCAGGAAGGUUUGGACAUUUGGGUUUGGCCAUCAAUUUGAUGAGUUGGAACGACAGAUAUGCUUUAUACAAGAUUGAGCAAGAGUUGGGUACUGAAAUCAAGCCAAUUCCAGCUACAAUUGAUAAAUCGUUGUAUGUUGCCGAAAAUGAAGAUGCUGUGCCCAAGCCAUUCAAAGGAGAGGAUUUAUCAAGAGUGAAGAACUCACACUAG